AUGCCACUCGGCGUGUCUGCGCUCCACAGAGGGUUGGCCCGACCUUCAGCUCUAGCCUCGCACACCGUCAACUCGACCUCGAUUGCCCGCAGUCCCCUGUCGCCCUGUCUCAUCCGCCCAUAUGCCGUCGUCUGUCCUCAGAAGCGACUGCCCGCAGCUACCUCGGUAGCCACCGCCGAUCACGUCCGUCAAGAGUUGGAGAAUGCCCACAAGGGCAACCACAGCGUGCUCACAAAUCAUGCCACCAAAUCUGGACUUCCACACCUCGAACGCAAGAACUUCCUUGCUCGUCUGACUCCGUGCGCACCCUUGUUCGAUCGCCUGCAAGCGAGUUCAGAUGCCUUCUCUGCCUUUCGUUACGAGGCCGACGUAAGCAACCGUCUGGGCACCCAAAAGCCUGUAGAGACACGCUUGGUCGAGCAACCUCAGUACUCACAGAACAUCAAUCUCUGGCUUGAGUUGCUCCGCUUUCGCUUGCGCUUGGACGGUCAGCAAGGUGUGACAGACAUUGUCCAAGCUAUCGUCCAUCGCCGAGUCGUUCUGCCUCUGCAUGGCCCUCAAGUCGACCAACUCUGGUCGACCCUUCUGUGGUCCGCUGUCAAGUACCCGCAGGUGCUCCGAUGUUUAUACCCUUACCUCGUCGAAACUCUUCCUCGCUCUGGACUACUUGACAUCGACCUGUACCGCCGCCUGGUGGCUCCCUUCUUGCGUCAGAAUCCAAUGUUUGCUUUCAAGUGGCACAAGUCUAUGCAGGUAGACCGUUUACUACCGCCUGAUUUUGUCUCGGUCUUGGCCCAAUUGCUCCAAGAUGUCCAUUUCAGUACACACAAACCAAGGGCCCUUGAAGCAUUCAGGAAGAUUUACACAUCAGCCAAGGUAGGGCAUGCAUACGAUGACUGUAUGCUGUCUAUGUGUCGUCUAUUCGAUUUUGAUGACGCCGUCGCCAUGCAUACCUUCUUUCUCCAACAUGGUGACUAUCCCUCGUCCGCGAUGCGCUCAAUGCCUGUGAUAGCUCACUUGGAUGAGCAGAGUUGGCUUGCCAAGUCAAACAUGAAGGAGUCAGCCAGAGUCCGCUUCGAAGGCCAGAUUAGGGAAGCUCGGCAUGAUUUUGAACUACUGAGGCCUGUCGAGUCCGCCGUUUCACGUGCUGAGACCACCUUGCUUUCCUUCACCCGCGAGAACAUGAGCAGCAUCGUGGGCGAUGUUCACAAUAUCAAAGAAAAAGAAUUGAACGAUUCUUUCUGUGCUCGCUUAUUUGCUACAACGGCUUUCUCUACUGACUUGAUCAUCACUGGACUACGCAUGCUCGGGUUAAAACUACUGGGCAAUCUGGCUCUAAGAGAGAUAGCUGCACGCGUGCGUGAUCCAGCCGAGUACAUUGCCACCGUCGACGCUAUACAACGUGCGGGUAUUUCUGUUGUGGAUUCGGUCUUUAGCCGAGCGUUGAAGUCUUUCGCCAGCCAACCAGACAAGUACCCGAGCUAUAAUUUUCUACUCAUGAGCGACCAGCAUCCGACAGCCUACGAAAAUCGCGCUUUGCAAAAAAAGCUGUUCGCCUCGUUUCUAGACUCUGGUGAUCACAGUCAGACCAAUGCUAUUCUCGACAUUCUAACCCUUGGCAAACCUGAGCCGGAGAACUACCACGCAAACCUGAUUCUCCAGACGUACGCUCGUCGUGGCCAAAGAGCAUCAAUAUUACAGAUUUUGCACGAAAUGAGAUUGCACCGAAUCCCUGUCUCUGACCCGUCGUUACAUAUCAUUCAAUGGACAGCUCUGAGGCCUCGAUCUCGAUCCAAGAGACCCAUUACGCAACGACAUCAAGAAUACAAAGACGACCUGGACUUUACUGCUAAUGUAUUCUUGGAAACCAUGCGCACCGGUCAGCUCUUCAACCCCUCACGAUGGCAUGAAGUAUUGAAACGAUAUGGUAUGGAAAACAGAUUACCAGCGCUCGAGAGAUUGUCGGUCUGGUUGAGCUUGUGGUAUUCCGGGCGCCUCGAGAAAGACGCCGUACUCCAUGGUAGGGUCCUAUCAAACGAAGGAGACGUCGUCAAGGACAGCAAAAUAGUACGGUACACAGGUGGUCCGCAUCCUCUGGCCGUCUUAUUCACGCCCCAUAUCUUACGUGCCAUGGUCGCGUGGGGUUUCAAAAGCGAGGUGUCAUCUCCAGUGUCCACAACCUCUCCCAAGCCGGACUCUUCGGCAGAUUCUCUCGCACGACCUCAGGGAUCUGAAACAGAGUUAGUAGCAGACUGGACCAGAGGCCUAGUGCUCGUUUCCAAACUCGAAGACUUUGGCGUCAAUCUUGAACACACGCGUCUACGUAGAGAGGGCAGUCAACAGUUCCGGUCAACAGACGGGCCCGAGCGAUGA